GGUGCCAGGAACCGGGCAGGAGGUGAGCUCUGGGAGGCAGCUGAGGUCAACCUUCUUUGAACCUCCACGUGGUAUUUACUCAGAGCAGUUGUUGCCAGAAGCCCAAGCCCCUGGAGUAUAAAGCAGAAUGUCUGCUCUCUGUGCCCAGAUCGGAGCAGAGCUGAUAAUGGCAAGCAUGGCUGCAGUCCUCACUUGGGCUCUGGCUCUCCUCUCAGUGCUUUCAGCCACCCAGGCCAGGAAAAGUUUCUGGGACUACUUCAGCCAGAGCAGCAGGGACAAAGGCAGGGUGGAGCACAUCCAGCAGCAGAAGCUGGCACGGGACCAUGUGAGCCUGAAAGACAGCCUUGAGCAAGACCUCAAUGACAUGGACAAGUUACUGGAAAAGCUGGGCCCUCUGAGUGGCCAGGGGAGGGAGCCUCCUCUGCUCCCACAGGACCCAGUGGGCAUGCGACAGCAGCUGCAGGAGGAGUUGGAGGAGGUGAGGACACGCCUGGAGCCCUACAUGGCAGAGGCGCACGAGCUGCUGGGCUGGAAGUUGGAGGGCUUGCGGCGGCAGCUGAAGCCCUACACGAUGGAUCUGAUGGAGCAGGUGGCCCUGCGCGUACAGGAGCUCCAGGAACAGUUGCGUUUGGUGGGAGAAGACACCAAGGCCCAGCUGCUGGGGAGUAUGGACGAGGCGCGGGGCUUGCUGCAGGAACUGCAGAGCCGUGUGGUGCACCACACCGGCCGCGUCAAAGAGCUCUUCCACCCGUAUGCCGAGCGCCUGGUGAGCGGCAUCCAGCACCAAGUGCAGGCGCUGCACCGCAGUGUAGCUCCGCACGCCGCCGCCAGCCCCGCGCGCCUCAGCCGCUGCGUGCAGGUGCUCUCACGCAAACUCACGCUCAAGGCCAAGGCUCUGCACGCGCGCAUCCAGCAGAACCUGGACCAGCUGCGCAAAGAGCUCAGUAGCGCCUUUGCCAGCGCCAGCGCAGACGGAGCCGAGGAGGGGGCCGGCCCAGACCCCCACGUGCUCUCCGAUGAGGUGCGUCAUCGACUCCAGGCUUUCCGCCAGGACACCUUCCUGCAGAUCGCUGCCUUCACUCGCGCCAUCGACCAGGAGACUGAGGAGGUUCAGCAGCAGCUAGCGCCGCCCCCGCCAGGCCACAGCGACUUCGCCCCCGAGUUCCAGCAAGCGGACAGUGGCAAGGCCCUGAGCAAGCUGCAGACCCGUCUGGACGACCUGUGGGAGGACAUCACCUACAACCUUCAUGACCAGGGCCACAGCCAUCUGGGGGAGUCCUGAGGGUCUACUUGCCCAGGCCCACUUCCCAGCUCCUUGUCUGGGAAGCCCUGGACCAGAGGCUCUUGCAUGGCUCAGUUCUUGAAAGUGGCCCAUUGGGUGGAUGGUGAAGGGUCCUGCCCAGGAUAGGCGGGGCCAUGGAAGGAGCUACUCUCCCUAGCAAUAUCUAGCCUCCAAUAUCUAGACUCCCCAUCUGGAUGCAUUACACUCACCAGGCUUUGCAAACCCAGCUUCCUGUGCUCUUUUGGGAAUCCUCCUGAGUGGCUCCAUUCAGGGGUGAGGGAGUAGGGAGGGAGAGGCACCAAAUGUGCGGGUAAUUACCUGCAAGCCUGUUGGCCAUAGUGCUGGAAGCCUGUGCCACUACGUUCUGGAGUUUGGUUCCUGUCAUUUCUGACUAAUUGGUGGCCACUGCUACAGCUGGUCCACAAAGAGCACUUGUCUCCCCAGGGCUGCCAUGACAGCUUCUGUUAGGGGAAUAGAAGGGAGAAAAGAGUGAAAUACGGGAAGAGCAUCUGAUGGUACAUGUGUACACAUCCCUGCUGGCUCUGAUGCUGGUGGGUAUGUAUGCUGGGGGCUGCGAUCGAGAGGACAGAGCCCGUAUUUCCUUACAUAGCUCUGCAUUUAAGUAUGGGACUGAGCCCUCCAAACUCUAGGGGCUUCUUAAACCUCUGGGGAGCACACUGUGUGCCCUCCCCAUCUCCAGGCCCUCCCUCCUGACUCCAGGCUGAAGUCUAGACUUCAGGCUCAAAUGAAAUCGAUGCUUAUGAU